CUGUAGAACGUGUUUCCAGUCGGACGUUAUUAUUAAACGGACCUCAAAAAUGGCUUCCCCUUCAAGUGGCAAUGGAAAACAGGCUACCUUUCCUCGCUCAGAUAGACAACACUAAAGGAACGGAGUGCAAUUUGAAAACAUGGGUUUUAUUAGACACGUCGUGUGCGCCAUGUCUGGCGGUGUUGACAGCUCCGUCACUGCGUUGUUACUGAAGAGAAGAGGCUAUAAUGUAACAGGAGUUUUUAUGAAGAACUGGGACUCACUGGAUGAGAGAGGGGUGUGCACUACAGAGAAAGACUGUGAGGACGCCUACAGAGUGUGUCAGUCUCUGGACAUCCCUUUCCAUCAAGUGUCAUAUGUCAAAGAGUACUGGCACGAAGUAUUCAGUAAUUUAUUAAAGGAAUAUGAGAAGGGCAGGACACCAAACCCAGAUAUAAUAUGCAACAAGUACAUCAAAUUCAACCAUUUCCAUAAGUACGCCAUCAACACUCUGGGUGCCGAUGCCAUGGCAACAGGCCACUACGCCAGGACGUCACAGGAAGACGAAGAGGUUUUCCAACAGACCCAGACAGCUCCGCCUACCACUCUCUUCAGAGAUCGAUUUGAGAUCAGAAACCCGGUGAGGUUGUACAAAGGAGCAGAUCAUUUCAAAGACCAAACCUUCUUCCUCAGUCAGAUCUCUCAGGACGCCCUGCGACAAACCAUUUUCCCACUGGCCGGACUCACCAAAGCGUUUGUCAAAAAGAUUGCUGCUGAGGCAGGGUUUCACCAUGUGCUGAAGAAGAAAGAGAGCAUGGGCAUUUGCUUCGUUGGAGAGAGAAACUUUGAAAACUUUAUUUUGGAGUAUCUGGAACCUAAACCAGGCAACUUUGUCUCCAUUGAGGAUGGGACUGUCAUGGGGACACACAAAGGAUGGUUCACUCUGACGCUGGGCCAGAGGGCGAAAAUCGGAGGACAGAGAGACGCCUGGUUUGUGGUGGACAAAGACGUAGCGACUGGAGAUGUGUUUGUGGCGCCAACUACCAAUCACCCGGCUCUUUUCCGUGAGACGGUGCGGACAGGCCGUUUCCACUGGAUAGCGGUUGACCCGCCUGCUGAACUAGCCAGGACCCAGAUGAUGGAGUGUCAUUUCCGCUUCAUCCACCGGAUGCCGCCGACUCCCUGUACGGUGACACUGAACAUGGACGGCUCUGUGUGGAUUUCACUGUCCCAACCCGUCAGGGCGCUGACACCUGGACAGUUUGCUGUGCUCUACAAAGGAGAUGAGUGUCUGGGCAGUGGGAAGAUCAUCCAGCUGGGGCCCAGUGAAUACACACUCCAGCGGGGCAGGGAACGGCUGGUAGCAGCCGCACAGCACAAGGAGCAGCAGAGCCCUGAACCAGCCAGCUGAGAGGGAAUGUGUGCUGGAAAUGAACUCUGUCCGGCACAUUAGGUAGAGCACCCUGAUCAUGAAAACAAACUGUCACUCAGGCUAGGCCAUUGGACACAGUGUCUGUUCUUGGGGCCAUAUUUGAGUCUGUAAACACUUCAGGGUUUAUGAACUUCAGUGUGUUGAGAGAGAGAACAACAAAAUGAUUGAUUUCUGUAUUUUUUUAAAAAACAUGUUGUGUUUAGAUGCUGUGAGGUUGUCUACUAGCUGCUUGGAUAAACCAUCUGCAUUCGAGCCAGAAUGAAUUUUAAUAUGAACACUGGAUGGUUUUGAGAUGGUUUACCUAACAGUAACCUCAUUUUGGAAAGCGGACUAUUCACUUUUAAACUGUCGAACAGAUCUACACUGACUAAGCAAGGUUUUGUUUUGUUUUUUGGAAAAAAAAAGCCUGUUUUAUAAUCGUGGUUGGUCAGGUGUGUGUUUUUAAGAAAAAAAAACUUUUAGAAAGUAUUGAGGUCUGAAACAGUGUUUCAGUAGGUGGCAAACAGUCCAGAUUUUUGCCUCCAUAUUGUCAGUCAGUAUGCUGACAUGUGGUCUGGUAGGAAGUACGGCUGAGGUUUUCAAGGAUGCUGGAUUCUUUAAACUGUCACAAAACAAGAUGAAUAAAUGAAAAUAACUGAUAGAUGAAAGCAAUAUUCAUUACUGAAGUACACAAGGACGCUUAGCAAAGUACUGAGUCAUUUCUCAUUCUUCAGUUUUCUGCUCCAAAGGAGAAUUUAUGUUGAAAUGUCACUUGACGGUGAACAUUACUGGAGAAAUUGUCGCCUGACAUACCAGGUUGACAAACGAUUCUGGUGGUUUGUGUGGUUCAAUAUGUUGUUCAGUAAAUAAUCGAAAAGACAAAUUGUUAAACUUGGUAUCGUUCAGUUGUUUUAUACUGUCAUACUGUAUUUAAAUAUGUUAAGAGAUUUGUUGUUUUAAAAAAAAUCCUUUAAGAAGAUCUUAAGUGCCUUUUCUCCUCUGCUGGAUGGUGGUGGAACACAAGUUCUUCUUUAACUAUUUCAUCUUAAACUGAACACACUUGAACUUUUAUCAGCGAGUGAAUAAACCCAAUACGUGUUG